AUGGACCUGGAUCCGAACCUAGUUAUAAACCAUGACGAUACGAACUUGUCGGUGCUAUCCUCAAACAUGUGAGUCCCAUGAUCCCUUCAAUCUUCUGAAAUUCUCUGAAAGUUUUUCAGGGAGCACGACUCCAGCUACUCGGACACACACAUGGGCGGAACGCCGUCGACCGCUGGCCAUCAUAAGGUGGAUAUGUGGCGAAAUCACAACUUUGACAGCGGUUUCCAAACCAUGAAUCACAGCGAGGUAAGCAAGAUUUUUGCGGGGCAGCCAAAGGGAUAGGAUAGGAUAGAAGAAAGAUUAAUGUGUUUCAAUUUCCAGGCUCCAUCUAUUAUUUCGUCGUUGCAUCCGUCAUCGCAUCUAUCCGCAGUGUCAUCGAUGGCCGACUACGAGCCGGUGCCGAAUCUUUCGGAUCAAGUGAGGGAAUCGUUCCCGGAAGUGUGUGUAUUGAUUGAUUUGCAGCAAAAACAAAAGUUCGAUGGGAUCACUCAGAGUCCGGUGGAUGGGCAGUACAACACGGUCAGAGCGAUUCCAGAACUUACGAAUCUCAUGAAAGAUCAGGAUAACGUAAGGAAACUUGCAGUUUCUGUUGUUUCAGUUCGAAAGUCUGAAUUUUUAUAGGAAGUAGUGCACAAAGCAGUGAUCCUGAUGCAGAAUAUCGCCAAAAUGGAAUGCGAUCCGAUGCGACGACAAAAUGAAGCUCGAAUUAUAGAUCCACGUGUCAUUUUUACACUUCGAGAUCUCCUCCGAGAUAAGAAAGACUUUCCGGUACUCCCCACUUUCAAAAAAAUAAACAUCAAUUCGUAUCUAUCAGAAUAUUAUCCGUCUAACUUUGGGAACUCUGUUCAACAUUUGCAACCGUCAAGAAGGCAUCGAUCUCGUCACCCGUUCGAUCAAUAUGCAGCCUGAUAUCAUUCCCUAUCUUAUCAGUCACAUUGGGUGAGAAAAAUCGGAGAAAAAGAAGAUUAUUGAGAAAGGGAAAAAGACGCGUGUUUUCUUACAGUACCUAUCCAGUCUCCAUCUACAAAUAUGCGAUUCUCACCAUGCAUUCGAUUCUGUCCGACAAGCAGCGAGGGGGACAAAGUGUGGCGCUUGCGCGGCAAUCUGAUGCGAUAACGGUACAGAUAUGAAAGAAAAAUGGAAAAAGAAAAACAUUUGCGGAGAUUAUUACAGCAUGUGACACCUUGGUUGGAGACUGAGAAGUCGGAGAAACUUCUGCCAGUGAUAGUGGAUUUGGUGCGAAUUCUUUGCGAGAAGAACAAUGAACAAAAAAUGAAAUUUCUGCAAUUGGGCGGCCCACAGAAGUUGCUCUUGAUUCUUCAGCAUCGAGUUUAUGAGAACUUGCUUUGGAGAAGCACCCAACUUCUGAAGACGUUUUCCAACUUUGUGAGUGAAAUUAAUACAAAUACAAAAUAAUGUUAUUUGUUCAGGACGCACCAAACUUGGUCAGCUACGGAGCUCGCCACAUUCUUGCAAAGUGGCUCAAUCACGAGAGUCCACGACUUGUUCUGGCCACUUUAGAAACGCUGAGAAACAUUAGCGAUGUGCCAUGCAAGAUGCGAGAAGACAACCUUCUGAAGUCGCUCCUAUCUCUUGUGAAUUCGAGAAACGCAACCAUCCGGUUGUAUGCUGUUCAGAUUCUUUCGAAUCUUGUAGCAAAUAACCGGCAUAACAAAGUAGGAAAAAGAAACUCAAGCAGCAACUAGGUAGCGCAAUGUUUUCAGGAGUUUCUGUGUGCUAAUCAUGUUGUGGAAAAUUUGACUCGAGCUCUUGUGAAUGCUACUCAACACAUGCAAGGAUUGAGCAGUAAGGAGGCUCAAAUGAUGGAGGAUUACAUGGUAAAAACACAAACAAUUGUGAUGAUUCAUUCAAACGGCAUGGUUUUCAGGAAAGUAUAAUUUGUACCCUUCGACAUCUGUGUGUGGGACAUGCAAUGUGCGACAAGGUUCAAGCGUUCGUGUUCCGAGACCCAUCUCUCUUUUUGGACAAGUUGAUGAGUAUGAGACCGGUUUUGCUGAAACAUACAAUGAGUGUAAGUAAAAGUCAACUUUUUUCGUUUUGUUACUUCUUUUUUUCUGCAGCUCCUUCUGAAAGUAGUGUCUCAAAACCCACUGCUUCAUCCGUUCCGACAGUGCCGAAUUGGUGAUCGGGGUUUUGUGGAGCAACUGAUUCAUAUCCUGCGCGUCGCUUGCAAUCAAUUGAACGUGGUGGGUGUUAUCAAUGUGUUCAGCAGAUAGUGUGAAUUAUGUUUGCAGCAAGAGUCAAUUGAAGGGGUACGAGUGAGGGAACUGGUGCAUCUUUGUAUACAGUUGCUGAGAUGCAUCACUCGAGACCAGGACAUUUUGAACGAGGUACAAUAUCAAGUAUUUUCACCCUAAACCUAUCACUUUUGCAGGUUGUGUUCUUCCUCCAGACGCCGGAAAACAGUCGGAUGGGCGAUGGCCACACUCUUCCAAUUUUUGUGCUACAAAAAGCGAACGUUGAAGAGAACACCAAAUCAUCGACGAUGGCGUUGAUUUAUAACCUGAUGCACCAUGAGCAGAUGGCUGGGGUGCUUGAGAGAGACGAAGUGCUUGUAGAAAUGCUUCAAACUCUCCAGAUUCAAUCGCAAACCCAUCCGGAUCUCUGUAAAUAUCACAUGCAUAGUCCGCUUUGAAAAUGUGCAACUUUUCAGCAAGUUUGGCGAGCAAUAUUCUCAAAAUGAUGAUUGAGAAGCGAGAACGAAGUCGAAAUGUCUAUCAGAGGUACAAUACACAUUUGGAGGUACUCUGAAUGUUUCACGAGACAAAUUUUAGUCUGAAAUUUUCAGAACCGAUUCGGAUAUCUUAGCAUGACUACCGCGAAAAGUGAACCGUUAACCGGUACUGGUGAGAUGUACGAAGGAGCCGGGGAACAGUGGUCGGUCCCGAUGAACGAGAAACCAAUGAUGGAUUAUUGUAACAUUUCUGGGAGAGAUUCCUCAAGUGAGUCCUACUAAAAGCCGACAACUUACAACUAAUGUUCCAGAACCUUACAACUCUCCGAUGUACCACUCGCCGCCCAUGUAUCCUGAUUGUCAUCUAUCGGCUCCACCUGAUGGAUACUUCGACCACCAUCAACCAUCCACUUCAAACCUUCCUCGAUUGACUCCCCCACACUACAACAGCUAUGACAACAGUCCGCCAGUCUACAACGAACUUCCAUCACAUCCCGGUCCCAGUAGCCACCACUCCGAUCAUUACAACCCUAGAAGUCAUCCUCAUCAGCGAUUUUGA